AUGAAAGCUGAGAAAAGCAGACUGCCAAGCACGCUCCCUUGCGGGACACCUGAGGUAGCUGGGGUUGCUCGUUCGCCUUUCUUGAAGACUCGGUAUCUGGCAGAUGUGUUGAGUCCGUUAGUUGGAAAAACAGAACAGCACAUUCUGAAUAGUAAACAUUUUGCGGAGAAAAUCAAAAACCUUGAAGUCCCACCGGUUAAGAAACUUGUAUCUUAUGAUGUGACUGCCCUUUUCACAAGUAUACCCGUGGAUAAAGCAAUAAAAGUGAUAAAAGAGAGACUGAAGAAGGAUAACACACUCAAGGAAAAGUCAAUACUCUCGGUAGAUGAGAUUACCACCUUUCUAGAAUUUGUUUUGAAUACAACUUAUUUUGUGUACCAUGGAACAUUUUAUAAACAGAAACACGGGGCAGCAAUGGGCUUACCCGUCUCUCCGAUUGCGGCCAAUUUGUACAUGGAGGAUUUUGAACAACGUGCCAUAUCGACAGCUGAAUGUCCACCCGAACUUUGGUUCAGAUACGUGGAUGAUAUGUUCACGAAAAUGAGUAUUAAUUCGAUAGAUUCGUUCACUGAUCACAUCAACUCAAUUGAUGAUGAAUUCAAAUUCACCAGUGAACCUGAGGAAAACGAUCACCUUCCUUACUUGGACACUGACAUCUAUAUUAAAGAUGAUGGCUCCACUAAAGUGAAAAUCUAUAGGAAACAAACCCAUACAGUUCAGUAUCUGAAUUUUGGCUCGAACCAUUAUAUACAACACAAGAGAUCAGUUGUAAGAACUCUCAUGUAUAGAGCAGAAAAUAUAGUCAGUGAGCCGGAAGACAUCAAGGUGAAGAAACAUCAUAUAUCAGAGGCGCUUAAAGUAAAUGGUUAUAAGAACUGGAUGUUGAAAAUACGUGAACAGAAAGAUAAGAACAAGGAGAAGAAGAAUUCUGAAAAAAAAAGAAAAGAAAAAAAAAAGGGAAACGGAUAG